CGCUUGAAUCGAAUCUCCUUGUUCCCUCCGGUGGGAAACAGGAAAAAAAAAAAUUCCCGAAAAUCAACGGAAAUUCACAUCCUAUCCGCAGAAGAAGAAAAUGGAGCAAGGACUUAUCCAGUGGAGUCCUUGCCCCCACCGCCACCGCCUCCGCCCCUCUCUCUCCUCCUCCUCCUCCUUCCUCCUCCUCCGCUCGCCAAUCCACAGACCCAGGGUCGCCGGACGGCCCUCGCCCCCCCCUCAUCCGCCGGCGGCGAUCUCCGCGGCUCUCGAGUCCGCCGGCGCCGAGGCCCUGACGGCUAGGGAGCGGAGGCAGCUCAGGAACCAGAGGAGGGAGAGCCGGGGGGCCUAUAACUGGCGGGAGGAAGUGGAGGAGCGGCUCAUCGAGAAGCCCAAGAAGCAGUUCGCCUCCUGGACCGAGGAGCUCAACCUCGAUUACCUCGCCAAGCCGGGGCCUCAGUGGUGGAUCGUCCGCGUCUCCCGCGUCCGGGGCCAGGAGACCGCCGAUUUGAUCGCUCGCUUGCUCAUCAGGAACUUCCCCGACGUCGAGUUCAAGGUAUAUGCACCAGCUGUCCAAGAAAAGAGGAAACUAAAGAAUGGUUCUUACUCCGUUAAAGCAAGGCCCCUCUUUCCAGGAUGUGUUUUCUUAAGAUGCAUCUUAAACAAGGAGUUACAUGACUUCAUCAGAGAAUGUGAUGGAGUUGGAGGCUUCGUGGGAUCAAAAGUUGGAAACACAAAAAGGCAGAUAAUCAAGCCUCGGCCAGUAUCUGAGGAUGACAUGGAGGCUAUCUUCAGAAAGGCAAAAGAAGAACAAGAGAAGACCGACCGAGCUUUUGAGGAUGAGCUAGCGUCUGAAACCCUCAAGUCUGAAAAGCUUGAUCUAGACCUACAUUCAAGUGCGGAUGAUUCUUUGGAGUCUGCUAUGAAGCCAAAGCGCCAGUCCCGAAAAUCUUCCGGCACACUCGGUGGCUUAUCUGCUAAAGAGAAAUACAAGCUUCUUGUCCCGGGUUCCACUGUUAGAGUUCUAUCAGGAACUUUUGCAGGCUUUGAAGGCAGCCUCAAGAAGUUGAAUCGCAAGAAUAAAAAGGCGACUGUUGGAUUUGCGCUAUUUGGAAAAGAAAGCUUGGUAGAUUUGGAUGUGGAUGAAAUUGUACCUGAGGUGGCAUAACCAUGGAAUCUCUUUGAUGAAUCCCUGCCACGUGGCAGGCUCCAUGUGAGAUGAUGGCUAUGUUCUAAUCUCUCGACGAUGAAUUUGCAGGGUGAUUGACCCAGAGGCAUGCAGGCGCAUAGGUCCAUCAUAGGCGUUGAUCGGGUUGUUCCCCGUUGGUAGUGAAUGAAAAAAAUUUAGAGAUCAAGUUCUACUCAAUACCAGGUGAGAGAAAUAGUGUCUGGUCAUCAUAAUGACCCGUAGAAAAUUCUAUCCAGGAGAUCAUCGGGAGAUCUGAUUGAAGUUGGAGAAAGAAUAUGCUAGGCUGGGGUCUGUACGCUAACAAACCAGAUUUAAGUGCUCGAGCUGGUCAAUCUUCUAUUCAUUGCAA